CCUCGCAGCCUCGACUGCCGUCGAGCCCGCUACUCCGUGACGCUCCGUGCUCUGCCCCGCCGCCACCGCACACCACUCUCCGCUUCGUUUCGUUGUUGCCGCUGAGUCGCCACGUCUGCGCCGCCCCAUCGCCGGCGCCGCCGCGAUCCGUUCCGCAACCAUCUCUACUACUCUGCGCCACUUAUGCAAACCGGCCUCGAUCCUCACCACCAUCUGCUGCACCAGCGUCGGUUCACGCCGGGUCCGUUGUCUACCCACCUUCGCUAUCCAUAAGGGAAGGAAGAGCUGAUACAAGCGGAGAGGGAAUCUAGGGCGAGAACGAUCUGCGCCGUCGCCUCAUACUCACCGAUAAAAAAAGUACUCCUGUAUCGAAGCAGCCAACAGUCAUCCGAGCAGCAGAUGCCGUUCUUAUUUUCUUGGGCUUAGGUGAGGCGCAGUUGUUCUGCAAAGAGGAAUUAAUGGUUUAAUUAACACCAGCUCAAAAUUCCAAGUGGAUCGGCCUGACUUGGUUUAAGCUGAAUUUGAGCCCAUGAGUCGAUUCCAUUCCAUACAUCAACACAAGUCGAAAACCCUUCAGGAGCAUCGGUUGGAUACGCGCCGCACGCAGCCCUACAGCCUGCUGUCGCCUCCCGGAGCACUCCUCCUGGUCCCUGGCUAUCUGGAGGCAGGAUUAGGAGCACAGGCCAUGGAUGAGAAAGACGGCAACAAUGGCCGAUGCAAUUUCAGUACGGAAGAUCCUGGGGAGGACAAAGCCUUCGCUGCCUCGCUUGUAGAUCAAGAUCAGGAUCCGGAUCCUACUGAUGCUGCCCUACUGGAUAAUGAGUGUUCCAGAGUUGUAGAUCAAGAUCCUCCUCCUGAUGCUGCUGCCCUCCUGUAUGAUGAGUGUUCUGCAGCGUAUGGUGCUCAUGUAGCCAAGAAGAACAAAUCCGAGGCAAGUCAUCUUGCUGGCCGACCAAAAUAAAACACUACUUUUGAAUGCUACUACUACUGUUUCAGGAUGUGUCCUGUAUACAAAAUAGUGGUCUGAUUCCAUUUAGUGACGCUUAAUUCUUGUACAUGAACUUGGUACUUGCAGUGCAUGCGGGUGUCGGACUUGCUAUGAAAAUAGAUUUGCCGUUGGAACUUCAAAGUUAUAAUCUAGUAUACCAUCAUGCAAGCUCCAUUAGCUUAUGAAUGAU